AAGUACAGAAUCUUUCUGGAAAGUGAAAAUAACCAGUGAUAACGAGAUUGAAGAAGAGAGAAGCCAAUGACUCAUGUCAUAAAUAUUCGUUCUUCUGGACAUUCUGUGGAGCGAUCACCAGGCUGUUGAUCAACAACGAUGUCGGAUAUUGACGACGAUGUCGUUGAAGGCAGCCAGUCAGACGGCACCGAAGAUCUCUCCGUCGAAUUCCGUCCUUCGGGCAGCAGCCAUGGCAACGUAUCUCCGUCGCGACCGCCCAGCACUGAAGGUGUUCCGGCAGUGGCUGCGAGCACGAUGUCGUUAGCGGUGUUGCCGUCAGCAUCCUCGUCAUCGUCCUCGUCGUCAACGAAGAGACUGACUGGCCUGGCCCGGCUGCUGCAAGGAGCUCCGGCAGCGGCUCAGAGCGCACAACGCAACCGCCAGCCGUCACCUCAGCCCGCUGCCGUAGUGGAAAGCAUCGCUCCCCAUCGUUCUCUUUUCACCACUGGUGAGGAGCUUAGCCAAUGGACGGUCAGCCAGGAAGGCGGUGACUCGGCAGCCAGCGAUGCGGCCGCUCUCGGUGAGGAUGCCGUCGAUACCCUGGACAAGACGGAUCCGUUGUCGCCGGAAGCAGCCGAGCUUGCAGCGGAGGAUGCGCCGUCUUCUCCCGCCCCUGCUGCUGCCCAGGCCGCUUCCGCUGAGCUACGCACCGUUAUUCCGCCGAGCACGCACGAGGCAGUCUCGGAACCGCCGGGAGUGAUGUCUCCCUCGGGGCCUCUUCUACCGCCGCACUUGCCUGAUCGACCGCCGCUUCGACAGGGCAGUGUCGUGGACAAGGACACUGACAUGGAUUUAAUGGCACCACCGGAAGCGGACAUGGUUGCCACACCGCUGCUGAACGACUCCUCGUCCUCGCUGUCGGCGUCGCGUAUCGGCGGCGCCACCAGCGCCCACGUUGCCAUGGCGAUGGCGAUCCGCCCGCCGUCCUGGCGCCGCUCGAACAGCAACACGUCCACGCAGCCUCCCAGCGUCGCCGCCAGCGCCACUGGAACAGCGGCGGCGGCGGCGGUGACAAACGCACCAGUACCAGCGGGGGCGAGGGCGGGGGCCGAGGAGCAAGGCGCGUAUGAGACCAGUGCCAGUGGUGGUGGAGGUGGAGCUGGGGACACGCCUGCCCUCCAGAGCACCAGCAGCAGCAGCGACGGGUCGGUGUCGGUGCGGCGCACAAACUCGGCCGUUCGAAUCCAGUACAUCCGACAUACGUCGGGCGGCAGUGCUAGUGGCACCAGCAGUGGUGGAAGUCUUCUACCACGAAGCAGUACAUCACCAUCGUUCGAGGAUAGUCCGCAAGGCCCCAUACUCAGCUCAUCAGGCAGUGAUGGCCCAGUGACAUCCACGCCAUUGCUAGGGCACCGCCAUCAGUCGCAUAUCGGAAGAGGAGGUCUUGGUGCAAUGCCAUCACCAGGCGCCAUUUCACCACAUCCCCAGGCGCCGGGCCGCCAUCACCGUCGCCAGGACAACAUCGGCGGCGUGCAGCCUACGACCGUGGCUGGUGUAUCCAUGGUAACCAUGGCUGCUGCUACCGGCACUACUUCAGAUCACGUAGCAACGCCCGGAAGAGUAGUGGAGCGGGCCGGUGUGACGUCAUCAACCAGGUCUCUGCUUGGCGUAGUACGCUCCCCAGGCGAGAUGAGCGAGUCGUCGGUGUCCGCAAUUUCCCCGACGCAACCCCGUGAAGGUACUUCGGCAAUGCUGUCACCUGGUCCUGCCGCUAUCUCAUCUACACACGGGGAUAAGGGCAAUACUGACGUGGGUGAAUCGUCCACGUCGGUCAUUUCGCCUACGCCGCUUCAACAGGUGCCAGCCACCGCUGCACCGAGCGUUUCCGUUGUCAGGGGACCGGCCGUGUCAGCGAUGUCGUCAUCGUCGGCUUCUGCUGUGCAACAGCCAAUGGCAGUGCCAUCUUCUGGGAGUAGCGUGCCAGCGUCGCAUCGGGCUUCCUCGCAGACGCAGGUGGAGAUGAGCACGUCGACGGGCACGAGUAGUUCCCUGGGCGACGUGCGGCCACCCUACAGCAAAGACCAACUGGAAGGGAAUCUGGGCACUACAACAGCGGAUCAUGCGUCACCAUUACCAGCCAGUACAGUUACUGGUGCUGAUAGUGUUGCAGCCGGUACAGGCGUGGCGUCGGUGGUAGCUGCACAGCCGAUGGCUGGACCGGAAACGCGGGAACAGAUGCUGGAGAGGCGCAGGCGUGCGCAGCGUGAACGUCUCGGGCAGCGUAACAUCGUGCUGGUCGAGGAUUCCGCUCAGAGUGGGUUUCAAUGUCUGGUGCCAUCGCAGGAUCGGUCUGAAGAUGCACCGGACGUCAUCCCUCCAUCACCCGGCUCCAUUCCACUUGGCGAGGUUGAAUCGGACGACGAUUCGGACACGUCUCAAGAAUUCGCAGUACUCGAGACAACCUCUUCGGACGAACCUGUUCGAUUGGCCACUGCCGUGAGUUUACCGACAAGCGGUGGCAGUGCGGGCCAUCACGUCCAAGCGGCCACCCGUCGUGCUGUUGCUGCCAGUCGCGUUGCUGCCGCCUCUCUAACCAGCGAGGACAGCAUCGAGUUGCCAGCCUGGCAACGCGACGAGGCCAUGGAUGAGUCCGAGUCCGUUUCACUCCGUCAGCCGACGCCUCCACAACCGGAGAGUAUGCUCAGCGAACAGCAGCAGCAGCAGCCCACUUUCAUUGCCUCCAGUCAGGCCAGCCUGGACUAUGCCAUGGUUCAUAGUGAGGCUGGUGACGGUGGCAGUGACAGUGCGCGAGACGAUGAUGACAUCGCCAUCGGAGGUGGUGGCGCCGGGGACGCAGCCGACUCCCGAGUGGCGUCGUCUCAGCCGCCGCCAACCAGCGUGCAGCAUGUCAUACCGUCCAGCCAGCCCGAGUGCGACAAUGCGCCGCUCUCUACCACCGCCGACGCCGCCUCACAGUCAGCCGUCGCCUCCCAGCAGCAUGUCGGUAGUGUUGCACACUCGCAGGAAGUGCGGUCGUCGCAGGCCGCGAGUGUGGGACAUGUCUCUCAGCGUGUGCCGCCGUCGUCGUCACAAUCAUCACAGAAGGCCGUCGGCGAUGAUGAUGAUGAUGUCACCUCCUCUCAGCCUCAGGGCAGUCAGCAGCACCUCUCUCAGUCCAGUGUGCAAUCACGUCUCUCUCAACCGGCGGGUUCGCAGCCACGCCGAUCCCAGCCUGGAUCACAGGCCAGCUCUAGGCAACACUCCUCGCAGGCCAGCUCACAUCACUCCUCACAGGCCAGCUCUAGGCAACACUCCUCCCAGGCCAGCUCACAACAUUCCUCCCAGGCCAGCUCUAGGCAUCAUUCCUCACAGGCCAGCUCACAACAUUCCUCACAGGCCAGCUCUAGGCAUCACUCCUCACAACACUCCUCACAACAGCACUCCUCACAGCACUCCUCACAACGAAGCCCGUCUGCAAGCCAUCAUAGCAGUCAACUGUCGCAACCUGGACACGGCUCACGUUCACAGGUGCACGUUGUACCGGGUGCUGUGUCAUCGCAACCUAGCCACGACGACAUGACGGAAUCGGUGUCUUCAGAAGCCUCCAUGCGACCAUUACUUCAUGCAGUGGAUCGUUACGGUCGACCGUACGUUGCCCAUCAGUGGGCUGCUGGUGAGGGCGAUAGCAGCAUGAUCGGUAGUAGUGUCACUGGUGCUGGUAUUGCUGGUGAUCAAUCAGUCAGCGAGAGUAGUCUUGUGCCCAUGCCCUGCUCCGCCAUGGUCGGUGGCGACCUCUCCAUGCAUACGGCGCAGUUCAGCGAGUCGCUGCCGCCAAGCGUGGCCCCAGUGCCGGUACGUGGUGUGGUGGCGGCGGCGGCAGCUGCUGAAGUCCCCGCUGCUUCGGGUGUCGCUACUGCCUCCCAGCAUAGUAGUGCGGAUCCGUCCCAGCAGCAGCAGCAGCAGCAGGCAAGCCAGGAAGCCAUGGAUGCCUCUAGCCAAGGCUCAACACAGGCGCUGCGCCAGUCGCAACCAGCUUCACAACCGUCACAGACGCUCCGCUCUUCCCAGCGCUCUCAGCCUCUAUCCUCGUCACCAGCAUCUUCAUCCUUAGCCGCAGCAGCAGCAGCAGCAGCAGGCGUUUCUGCUGUACCAUCGCCCUCAUCGUCACAGGCUCACAGUCAGGCGUCACCAAGACAACACUCGGCACAUGGACUGCACGCUUCGGCGUCCUCGCAUGCUACCCAGGAGUCUUCGUCGACGUCAUCGCAGCCAGCAGCAGCCGUGCCCGAACCCAUGGACGCGGAGGAAUACGACCCCGAUGAAACGCGUUGUGAGUAUGUACCUGUCGCCCACGGUAGUCAAGGCGACGGAGCGCUUAACCCUGCCAGUGCGGCAGCAAUGGCUCCACCGGCGGUGCAGUACAACGUGAUUUCUCCCUCGCCCGGCAGUCAGGAAGCAUCGGCUGGAACUGCUGCCGAGGCGGUAUCCGUAACCACCGGCGGUGGAUUGGCUCCGAGUGUAUCACAACAGCAAGCGCCGAGCAGCUCCGCAGGCGGCGAUCCCACCGCUGCUGACCCUGGCGAUAACAACGAGUUUAGCCUUCAGUUGUCCAUGUCGCAGGAGUACUCGUCUCGCGUCGACUCCCAGUGGAUAUACGGCGUUCAGGGUCCGGCCGUCAGGGCAGCUGUCUCCUCUGUUGCUGUGGCUGAUGCUGCUGGUGGUACGGCCCCACCUCAUGUGCCUGUAACAUCAACUCCAGUGUCUUCGACUGCAGUGGCUCCAGUGUCAUCUCAACAACGCGUUGCAGCAGCAGGAACAGCAGCAGCAUCACAGCCCAUGGACACCUCCGGCAGCACCAUAGCGCCUCACAGUGUGCCGCCCGUCGACGCUGAUCACGACGUCACUGCUAUGACGUCAUCCCGUCCGCCGUCGCAAGGUCUAGUUGCUGGUGGUGCUGCUGGCGCCGCGCUCUCUCAGCACAGGAGUGUGGCCGCCGAGCCCGCUGCACAACCGUCUGCAGUCGAAGGCGGCAGCGGCGGUGGUGAUGCCAGUUUUGGAAACCUCAGUCAAGCGUCCAGUGUUGUCAGUCAACCAAUCCUAGUCCGAACAAACCGUGCCCGUCGUCAGAUCUUGUCGCAGUCGCCUCCGCCUGUCGUCACUGCCUCGCCGCCAGUGCAAGCCCAGCAGCAGCAGUCGUCGCAACCACAGCCUCCGAGCACCGCUGCCUCGCCGUCCUCCUCCUCAGGACGUGUGAUGGACAUCGUCACCGCCAGUCAGCCAGGUCGGCAAGGACAGCAUUCGUCGUCUCCACCGCCCCAGGAUCAGGCCAUGGACGUCACUGAGCAGGGGGUUGCCGACACGCCCGAGACCGUUGUCAUUGUGGACGCCACCGAAAGCCUCUCGGAGACCGUUCCGGAGACUCCCGUGGAGGACUCUGACUUCACGGCCACGCCGCUCAACUUUGUCCUACCGCAGCCUGGCACCAUUCUGCGUCACCAGAGCACACCGACGGCAGACCUUGUGUCCAUGGCGUCUUGGUCAUCGCUGUCACCAGCGCCACCGAAAACAGCCACAGCACGUCAGAGAUCAACAAUGACAACAGCAACAACCACCACCGCUGGUGUUGCACAAGAACCGCAAGUGAUAACGACAGCAGCAUCUGCUCCAGGGGUUGCUUCGGCUAUAAGCACUGAGGUUGUGAGGCAGCCUAUUGUGGCUGCUCCACCCAGCGGAGCUCUCGUUUGGAAACAGACACAGGCCAAUCUGGAAGCCCGCCGCCUUGCCGAGGAGGAGCGUGCAAGAGCAACAGCAGCGGCGGCAGCAGCAGCGGCAGCACGACGUCCCCUGGCCGUGGCGGUCACCACGCCGCAGUUCACGUCCAGCGAAGAGUCGUCCGAGAGCCCUCUUUCAAUCACACGUCCUCAAAUUAUCGCCACCAAGGGAGCUGCAUCUUCCGCCAUGCUAUCCGCCUCCACAUCUGCAACCACAGGCGCAACAACAGCAGCAGCAGCAGCAGCAGCAGCAGCAGUGGCCAGCACUGGUGGUACAGCUGCCGCACCAUCUCCCCAUCGCAGAGGUGCGCAGGUCGCAGCGCUGUCUCGCCGCUCAUUGCCCCUGCAGCGACGUCGCGGCCCAGUGCAGAUGACCACAGCUACACAGCAUACUCAACAGGCACUCAGCUCUGGAGCCGACCCGUUUGCGUUCAAUCCAUCGCAGGAAGCCCUGCAGUCCGCAGCAGCAGCAGCGGAGGCGGAGGCGGCUGCUCCUGCUCAGUCAUCUUCCGCCAUCACUGCCGACACCGUGACCCCUACUACCCAACACCAGUCAGCCGAGGGCGCUGAUCCGGGUGCAAGUACCCCCAGCGCAGCGACUGAUGCCCCGACACCCGGGUCACAUGACCACACCGAUGGCAAAGAGCUGGAGGAAGAUGACAUCAUCGAUGAGUCACAACUGGAGGACAUUACAUCACCGGUACCGACAGCUCUGCCCAGGCUGCACAGCGUUGUCGGUGGGUCGGCAAGUCUGGGCAGCAGUAGGCCUGCGGAUACUUGUCAGCAGCCGCCUGUACAGCACCAGCAACAGCAGCAGACUAUUUCGCCUGCACCUACUGUCCAGCUUGCAGCAGCACAACCUCAGCAGCAACAAUCUUCCUUGCCGGCCAGUGCAUCACUUUCCACCCCACUUCAGCCGUCAACUCCAGGCUUGUCACUACAGCAUCAGCAUAGUGUGACAUCUCAGCCACCAUCACUGGGCCGUUCGUCGUCGUUUGCCGCAGCAGACUUGUCCAGUACCUUGAUCAGGCAAUCUCCUCGGUUUCAGGUAGCCAUGCAGCUUGGUCAUCGGGCGCGCAUGACCAUCAUCGAGACGGAGACGGUGACGCGAGAGCGGCGCAUCGUCACCGAGCUCCUGCAGGGUACCGCUGUAGUGGAUACGGUAACGGAAGAAGAGGAUCCCAAAGUGGAGCGUCAGACACGGGAGAGUAUCAGCUAUGUUGCCGUGGCACCAGAGCAUCUCGUGUCGCAGCAAACAACGACUACCACUCCGGUGGGUUUCCUGUCGCCGGUCGGCGCUCAUGUUCCCGUCUCCAUUCUGCCAGCAGCUGCAGCAGCAGUAGCGGCGUCGCUUACACCGGCACAGCAGCACGGCUCCGUGUCGCUGUCACGCUCCGCUUCGAGUGUCGCCGUCCAUGACACUGUAUUGCAGUCCGGUGGUGGCGUUGUCGGUCAGGAGACGGUGCAGCAUGUAGCCGUGGCUGCCCCUGCCGCACUUACUCCUCAGCCGUCCCUCGUUGCUUCCUCACCCACUGUGCAGCGGGAACGGGAUAGUGUUUCUGGCGACGGCACGUCUAAGAAACAAGCCGCCUCCGUGCCACAACCGCCUUCUGCGACGAGCAGCACGGAGAAUCAGCAACCUCAGCGCCAGAAGAAGCAGAAGAAGAUGACCAAGAAGCAAAAGCAGCAGGAAGAAAAACAGCGGCAGCUGGAAUUGCAGCGGCAGUUAGAGCUUGAGCAGGAACAAGAGGAACAACGGCUGCGUCAGAGACAACAGGAGCAAGAUCAACUGCACCAGAAGCAGCAGGAGCAAGAACAACUGCGUCAGAAACAGCAGGAGCAAGAACAGCUGCGUCAGAAGCAGCAGGAGGAGGAGCGACAACUCCGUCAGAAACGGCAAGAGGAACAGCAACAGGAGCAGCAGAAACAGCGUCAACAACAGCAACAGGAAAAGCAACAGAAACAGAAACAGCAACAGAAACAGAAACGGAAAGACAAACAGCAAGAAACACACGAGUUAGAACAAGCCGAAGAACCAGUCCGGCCGGCUGCACCCUCUCCAUUCGCCACCCCAUCGGGCGCUCACGCUACCUUAGCUCACGUUGCUGACAGUAUUCUCGACGUGCAGUUUUCAGUCGGUGACGACUCGCCGAAACAAGACGAGCAGCCAGACCCGCUAGUACGCCAGCUCUCGUUCUCUGCGUCCGCGUCACCAGCACCUGCCCUCGCUGCUGAGCCAGCGGAGCCAUUGUCACUUGGGCGUCGGGGAAAGCGUCGCCAAGCCCUAAGCCCCGGCGAAGGCAAUGAACCGAAGAGGAAGAAGCAAGCUGACGCCGGCGCAAGUGCACGCAAAGGUUCCGGCCUGCGCAGUCGCCGUCAAGCGGUCGUGGAGCCGCCGAAUCCCGUGUUACUCGGCACCGCGGCGGAACCACCGGUUACCGAGGAAUCACAUGCGUCCACUGUCAUACAAACAUCUCGUGCAAAACCACCUCCUUCGCCACUGACAACAGCCGUAACUCUAUCCAGCGUACAGUAUCCUGAGCCAAGUGCGCUGUCGACUCAUCGUUCAUCUGCACAGCGAGCAACAUCGCCAUCCUCGUUUUACGGGCAGCCGACCGAAAGCGACUCUUCGGAGGUCGAUGGCCCAGCAGCCAAGCGUAAUCCCGAGACGUCGAUUACGUCCGACAUCUUCAGAUCGUUCGACUCCCAGUCAGCAUCACAGCUGCCAAACACGCAGGCCGAAGAGGAGCUGACGUUGGCAACUGCUUUGCGCCCUCGGCUAACCACGCAUACCAGUAUCACUCUCUCACCAUCGACAUCAUCAUCACGCCAUGCCUCCAUCACAGGCACCACGCCGACGACCGGCAUAUUCUCGCCGGAGGUCCCGUUGCCGUCACCGCUGGCUCAUCGUCGUGGUAGCGGCGCCGAGGCAACCAGUCGCCGCUCCAGCGAGUCUGUGCUGGCCGGCCGCGAGACGUUCUCACGCCGACGUGCGGCAAUAUUGGAUUCGUCAACGACGACGGCGCGUGCCGCUGGAGGCGAUAUCGCCAGUACUGUAGUGGCUCCCAUACCCAGCAGCACCAGCAUCACUAGCGGCGAACAAACAAGCACAUCCACCAGCAGCAGCAGUAGCAGCACAUCGGCAUCGCACAAACAGAGAACGCUCGGACGGCGCGUGGAGUUUGCCGAUCAGCUACACCUGGUGACGGCCAAUCGCACUCGACAACGGCUUAGUGAUACUGUUAGUACGGCAAAACCAUCUGCAACGGUGUCUGACCCCGCACUGCAUGCUGGUCAGAGAGUGUUUGCUCGUUUCAAAGACAACCACUUCUACACCGGUGUUGUCGGCGCGUUGAAGUCGCAGCGCAAGUGCUUCACCAUACACUAUGAUGAUGGUGCGAAGGCGGAUGUAGCAGAGCUGGAUAUCAUGCCUGAGGUCAUCAUUCCGGUCGGUCAGGAAAUCCUUGUUCAGAACAGGUCGGGAUACUGUGAUCCCGCUGAGGUUGUUUCCUCUGUUGGAAUUCUACCGGCCGUUACUUAUACUGUCAAGUGUAAAGGAAAGGAGCAGAGGUGCAAGAGCUCGCAGAUAUCACUCACGCCGGAGUUUGUCGUUUCCUUGAAAAUGGCGCUGAGUCAACAAGAAUUUGUCGAACAACAACAGCAACAACCUCAGCAGCAGCAGCAGCAGCAGCAACAGCAACGAAGUAGUUUAUCCGAAGCGGCAAUGUCUGGUACCAAACGUUCGUCACCACGCAAACGCUCUUCCGCCUCCGCUGUAAGCCCGGUGACGAUAGGCACGAGACAACACUCCUCUGGCGUUGUCUCCUCCGUGUCGCCGUCGAUGCGGUCGCCCCUGCUGGCAACCUCCACUCAUCAGCAAGGUAAAUCACUCUCGCACGUUGCGCUGGGUUCAAUGUCGUCCAAGUCGCCGGCUGUGGCUGGCAAAUCCACAAUGUCGAGACGCGCGGUGGCGUCUUCAGGAGGUGCGGCCUCAUCGUCCAUGGCUGGUUUUCCUGCUGCGUCUGCCAUGGUUGCUUCGACAGCAGCAACUGCAAUAGAUAUGCCAGCAUGCCGCAAGACAACUCAAGCGAUGGAGGAAGAUGAAGAUGAAGUUGACAUGGAGGACGAUGGUGGAGAUGUGUUACCGUGCAGUCAAGCUGAACCAGUCCUUCCCGCAGAUGACGACGUUGGUCCUCUCCCCACGUACGGCUCUCUGUUCCGUGGCAUGGCCUUCCUAAUCACAGGCAAUGAUAAGGAAGUUGGUCAGGCCGCUGCCAGAGGAGUCCCAUUUCUGAAGAAGCAUUUGGAAGCUCAGAUCAAAGCUGGGGGCGGUGUGGUCCUUACCAAGUUUGACCUUGACGCGGUACGUGCUGCUUCUCUGUGUCUGCUGAUUGCUGAUGAGUGUCGUCGCACCGGUAAAUAUCUCAUGUGCCUGGCUGCUGGCGUUCCGUGUGUGUCGCACGUCUGGGUUAGAGAUUCCUGCAUGCAGAAUCGUGUGUUUGAGUAUAAUUCUUACUGCCUCCCGGCUGGCCAAGCACUGAACGGGUCUUGUGUAGAGUGGACUCGGCGAACGAACGUGUUCAUCGGUCAAACUAUUCUUGUCUGCGGCGACCAAGGUUUCAAGGAAUUCUGGCAGCCUAUCCUGUCUACGGCCAGUGCUACCGUUCUCCUCAAGCUACCCAGCCAGGUUUCCGAUGCCACGGGAAGUGGAGGUCUGCGGCCGUGUGACUACGUAUUGGCCAAGGACAGCCUGCCAGAGAGCAUGGCUCGGCGCAUCACCGCUCUCAACAUCCCCGUCGUCGUGUCCGAGUGGGCCAUCCAAUGUCUCAUACACGGUGCCCUGCUCAACCCGCACCAGCACGCCAGCUACACGCCCAAGCAGCGGUGAAUGUGAGCAGGCUCCGAGCGCCUUCAUUGCGUGGGAAGCUGGCACUCUGAGCAGCCGUUGCACUUUCCUAGGAUUUCAAAGGUGAUCGGAGGCAGAUAUUGGUGUCCUCACCAACCCAAUGUAUUGAAUGGCUUUUGACAAUACUCAACCAUGCUAAGUGCUUAACCAUUGUGUGGUGUAAGAAGAAAACACUGUACAAUGUGUAGGCCAGCCUUUCCCCAAGGCAAGGAAACGGGUGGACGCUCUAGUAUCCCACGCGUACCUGCAAUAUUUUGUGCAGGUCACGUGUGUGUACGUGUGUGUGUGUGUGUGUGUGAGUGCACGCGCACAUACUUAUGUUUUCCGUAGACCGCUAUCUUAGCGGUAGUGCAGAUGCGAUGUUAGAAAUGGUUCACAGCCAUGUGUACCAAUUCCUCACGCCCGCCUCUGCAGAGUGACCUGUGGAUGUUUGGGAAUACGCUGAUAACCCGUGUUGUGUGCCAGACUAGGCUUUGGCCUGUUUGACUGCAGUUGUGUCCUGCUGCUAUCCACAGUCAUGUAACUUGUCUUUGUGAACUUACAAUGCUGUAUCGCUCCUUCAGCAGCAGCACUCUCUCUCUCUCUCUCUCUCUCUCUCUCUCUCUCUCUCUCUCUCUCUCUCUCCCUCUCUCGCUUUAGGCGUUUAACAAAAUCUUUAUUGGAAUAGUUUAUUACAAGCAUAAAUUGUGCAAUGCGUGUUAUCUUCUUUUAGCUUUUAAAGAUAAUUAUAUUUAGCACCAGAACGUUGUCCAGUAUCAGCUGACCAGCUAUUUAUCAGAGUUUCUUAUUGUACAUACCAAGAGUACUCUUGUACAUACACACCUGAAGUACGUAGCACAGUUGCCGCACAGUCAUGUAUGAAGUUCAUUGUUAUCCAUAGUUCUUGUUCUCGCCGUGAUGAUGUCACGUGAUAAUGUCAUGAUUGUGAUGGUGUCAUGCGAUGGUGUCAUGUGAUGAAGUCACACUCUGGUAAAUAAUUCA